AUGUCCAUUUCCUUCACUGAUAUGACACCCAGCGCUGCUUAUGACGCCUUUAACUCUGAUGCCAAGGAUGGAGGUCCUGAAGACUUCAACCUUGAUGAAGGGAUGGACAAUGCCAACUUGGAAGACCUGGACAGCAAUGCCAAACAGCACAGCCAGCGUUCCAAGCAGUCCAGGAACGCUUCUAGCAAGCCAAACAGCCUCAUGACUCAUAUUGAGCAAGAAGCAAAGAAAUACCUCCUACUGUACCAUUUUUUCAUUAUUCAAAGCCUUUUCCCAGCAGCUCCAAAUCCCAAUACUGAUCAAUGCGAUCCAGCACAGUGGAAAUCACAGGAUGGGAAGCUCAAGGGCACUCUGACUGAGCUUUACAAGAUGAUUCCUGCAGAUUUACAUGAGUCAAUGGUAACCUACAAGCAAUUUGGCUCCAUGUUCAUACAAGCACAUGGUCAGGAGAGAUCCAAUGUCCUCAAAGUCAUCAAGGACUGUGCUGGCACGUUAUUUGCUCCAUAUAACAUUUCACCAGAUCUCUUUACUGGAAAGCCCGCUUGUAAGAAGGACAACAAGGCAUGCCUGGAGCUCUUGAAGAAGGAUGGAGUCGGAGAGUACACCCAUUUUGCACCCAUCCUUUUUGCAGAUCCUAAGCAGAUGGUUACUGGAGGCUUCUUGAAGAGUCCCAUCCUAGUUAAGGUUAUCUGUGUCCUGAUGUUUGGAAAAUCGAUCCUUGCAGAAAACAAAUGUGGAUGGCCCCCAGCCAGGGGACAGAAGAUGGGCGUGCUGAGCGUCACUGAGGGCCUGAUUGCUGGUGCCUGCAUCUUGGUUCGAUUCCUAUUGUCGCAUGAUCCUGAAUUAAGUGCUACCAGUGCAGAAACACAGGUCAACUACCGAUCAGAAUAUGAUUUCUACCUCAAGAAGCUUUUCAAAGCAUCUCCUUGGGCUGUCAGUGUGAUGAAUUUCUUCAACCAGGAAGUCUUCGGGAAGGGUUCUCAAUUGGCGAAUGUCGAAUCCGAGGUAUUUGCUAAUGUGGAGCAGCUGCGUACUUGGGAAGAUGAAUUUUUAGAUGAACUCGACAACAUUGACCCCGCUGACAGUCACACCCUGCCUGUUUCCACACUGUAUGACCCCAAUGCCCCUGGCAGCUGUGAUUCAGGUCUACAUGACUCCGAUCUGUCAUCGGUCUCUCGCGCUCCAUCACCUAUUACUGGCUCGGUCACUCAUUUCAAUCCCCCUCACUCUCAUCCAGCUAGCAUCACUGCUGCACAAGCUGAUCUCGCUGCUAAAACUAUUUCUGGUGCUUCUCAUCGAUUGUCCCCUUCUAUCUCAAUUGGGCAGCCAAUUUCAAACAGUGGUGUUGAGGUGUCAGCAGUGACCAUUGCUGUUGGUCAGAUGAAUGUGUCUGGUGCAGCUGAGGCUGAAACAUCUCGAUCCCGACAAGCAAUUCCAGUCGUGAGUUGCUGGUGCAGCUCAGCCGCUCAAAAGGCGAUUGCAGCCGUUCCCGAGGUGGUUCCCGAGGGUUUUAUGACUGAUAUUCAUGCUACUGAACCAGCUCUGGAACCUACCUGCCAUGGUCGCUGUGUUGCUGCUACAAGGUCCUCGAAACUGAAGAAGACGAAGGUUUGA